UGACUCUGCACCCUCAGGGGUCGCUCUAAGUUGAAACCCUGAACUGAAAAUCGGAGCCUAGGUUGGGUUCUUUGGGAUUCAGCUGCCCCUAACUAAACUUUACUGGUUUUCCAGGGAAGAAGUAUCCUGCUGAAACAUUUUCUCAGAGGGAGGAGUUCUAUGAUGUUGAAACGUGUGACGUUUGUUCAUUUACGCAUUUGUGCCUUUGCCCUUCUGAAAUCCUUUUAGUGCUACUUGAGAAGUUAACCAUAAAACACUUGCUUUACUAAUUUUCAACUGUUGGAGUUGAUUUUCUUUUGUAUAUGCAGCUGUAUUUGAUAGGGAAGCAAAUAGAGCUUCAGUAUGUUGUAUGAGUCCCGAGGUAAACUUAACUAUGAGUUGUAUGGUGUGUUUCCUAUGCAUGGUGAAAACUAUUUCUUUCCUAAGUGGUUUGGAAAUUUAUAUUUUUGAAUGUGCUGGGAGGGAAGAGUCACGGUGCAGGAGUUGCUUCUGUGUGUGCUAAAAAGGCAGUGUUGAGAGAGCAGGUGAGACAAGAUGUAGAUAGGCAUCUGCAGCCAUUUGAGCAGUUUAAAGGAACCCCUGCUAGUUGUGUCUGUAUGGUAAUUGUGCCCUCUAGAUGUUCUUGUGCUAAGCAAAAUGAGAUGGCUUUACCUGCUUUCCUGAUAGUCUAGUUGAAUUAAUAGGCAAAAAACUUUUGUGGGAAUUGCAGCCUUAAAAGGUGUUGCCUCUUGUCAGGUUUUCAGUUCUACACACAGCAUGGAAUUAUUGGGGGUUUACAGCAGAAGUGAAAUAAUGCAUUUUCCUGCUGCUGUUACCUGAAAUCCUGAUGUUAUGUUGUUUGUUUCUUUUUUUAGUGCUUGUGCCCCAAAGUUUCAACUUAAGGCAGCUACUUGAAAAGGAGAAAAAUAUUAGCAGUUACAACUGUGAAACAUCUGAUGGUGAUGACCAGCCUGAAAAGGAAAUGCCCCAUCUGGCACUUGCAAAUGGUGGGAAGCAGCAGCCAGCUGUGAAGGAGCAUGUAGAGAAGGAUACCAGAGACUCAAAGCUGCAAACAAUGAAGGAACGUUUUCCCCAAAGAAGUGACCAAGAAUUAUUAAAACUGAUAGAAUCAGCACACACAAUGGAUGAAGCAGUAGCUGCUGGUUUGAAGCUCAAUGACAAAGCUGCCUCUGGUAAAAGGAAGCAAAGAGAUUCUCCCACAAAUUGCAAAACCAAAAAUGAGCAAGCUGCAAAAAAGUCAAAAGUUACUUAUCUGGAUGACUCAGAACCCAAAAGACAAUGGGAGAGGCAAGAGAUGCUCGUGAAGAAGUUGCAAAGUACAUUCCCUGGACUGGAUAAGGAGGAGCUGAGAGAGGUACUUGAGGAACAUAACUGGGUGUUUCAUGAUGCACUGGAGGCCCUGAAAAUAUUUGCAGACGACGAGGAGGGUAUAGAAUUUCCUCCCAAAAGUAAAGUUGCUGACUGGACUGAAGCAUCCACUAAAACCCAGAAUGAGGAGAGUAAAGAUAAGAUGAAGCAGAAGGCUUCUGAGAAAGAGCAGAAUGGCUUUCAGAAAAAGGACAAAGGCAAAAGGAGCAUUUGGAGUGCUGAGAGAGAAACAGAACACACGGAGGACGAGUCCGCUUCUGAAGACGGCGGAAGCUCCCUGGAUGAGGACUACAGCAGCGGUGACGAAGUGAUGGAGGAUGGCUACAAAGCGAAAAUCCUCAGCUUCCUGCAGGAUGCUUCCCUGAGUGAACUGUCUCUGAUUCCCCAGUGUUCUCAGAAAAAGGCUCAGAAGAUAAUAGCGCUCCGGCCCUUUAACAGCUGGGAGGCUCUGUUUACAAAAAUGACGAAGACUUCUGGUUUGUCAGAGGAUAUAGUGUGGAACUGCAAGAUACUGCUGAAGGAGAGGGAUGUGGUUCUAAAGCUCAUGAAUAAAUGUGAAGACAUUUCCAAUAAACUGACAAAACAGGUAACCAGUAUUACUAGAGGUGGAGGAUGUGGAUGGAACAUAGAGCAACCCUCCAUUCUGAAUCGCAGUUUGAAACUGAAGCCAUAUCAGAAGAUUGGUUUGAACUGGUUAGCACUGCUGUAUAAGCACAGAUUGAAUGGCAUCUUGGCUGAUGAAAUGGGCUUAGGAAAAACAAUUCAAGCUAUUGCAUUUCUGGCUUAUCUCUACCAAGAGGGCAAUAAAGGUCCCCACUUGAUAGUUGUGCCAGCUUCAACGAUAGAUAACUGGAUAAGAGAAGUUCAUCUGUGGUGUCCUGAACUGAAUGUCCUCUUUUACUAUGGGUCCCAAGAAGAUAGGAAACAUCUCAGGUUGGACAUUCACAAUAAAGUCGUUGAUUUCAAUGUGAUCGUGACUACAUACAACUCUGCAAUCAGCAGCUCGGAUGAUCGAGGACUGUUCCGCAGGCUGAAGCUUAACUAUGCAAUUUUUGAUGAGGGUCAUAUGCUCAAGAACAUGAGCUCUAUCCGCUACCAGCACCUCAUGACAAUUAAUGCCAAGAAUCGCUUGCUGCUAACAGGGACUCCCGUUCAAAAUAAUCUGUUGGAAUUGAUGUCCCUCUUGAAUUUUGUCAUGCCCGAUAUGUUCAGCAGUAGCACAAGUGAAAUUCGAAGGAUGUUCUCUUCAAAAACAAAGAGUGCUGAAGAACAAAGCAUAUAUGAGAAGGAGAGAAUUGCACAUGCAAAGCAGAUAAUAAAGCCAUUCAUCUUGAGAAGAGUAAAAGAUGAGGUCCUUAAACAACUACCUCCCAAAAAAGAUCUCAUUGAACUGUGUGCGAUGUCUGAGAAACAGGAACAACUCUACUUGGCUCUCUUAAACAAGCUUAAGAAAACCAUCAACAGUAAUGAGAAAAACUCUGAUAUGGGAAAUGCAAUGAUGCAACUUAGAAAAAUGGCCAAUCACCCUCUUUUGCAUCGUCAGUACUACACAAAUGACAAGCUCAGAACAAUGUCCUCCCUCAUGCUCAAGGAACCCACACAUUGUGAUGCUAACCCUGACCUUAUCUUUGAAGAUAUGACAGUCAUGACAGAUUUUGAGCUGCAUGUGCUUUGUAAGCAAUAUUCUCACAUCAAUGACUUCAUGUUAGAUGUGGAUCAGAUCCUGGAUUCUGGAAAGUUUAGAGCAUUGGAACGCAUUCUCUCCGACCUUAAAGAGAAGGGUGACAGAGUUGUGUUGUUCAGCCAGUUCACUAUGAUGCUGGACAUCCUGGAAGUUUUCCUGAAGCACUGGCAACACAGAUACCUUCGGCUGGAUGGGAAAACGCAGAUUUCUGAGCGGAUACAUCUGAUAGAUGAGUUCAAUACAGACAUGGGUAUAUUUGUAUUCCUUCUGUCCACCAAAGCUGGUGGCUUGGGCAUUAAUCUGACCUCAGCCAAUGUUGUGAUCCUUCAUGACAUUGACUGCAACCCUUACAACGAUAAGCAGGCCGAAGACCGGUGCCACAGAGUGGGGCAGACACGAGAAGUACAAGUCAUAAAGCUCAUCAGUAAGGGGACUAUUGAAGAAACCAUGCUCAAAAUCAGCCAACAGAAACUGAAGUUAGAACAAGAUAUGACUGCAGCAGAAUCAGGAGAAGAAGGGACCAUUCCAGCAGAUAUAGCCACAUUAUUAAAAGCUUCAUUGGGUCUCUAAAAUGUAAAUAUGUUGUGAAAUUCAAGGAAGAAAUGGGAUGAAAUACCCCAAGGACUCUUACAUUACUGUUGACCAGGAGUUUUAUGAACGUUUAUAACUUUUUGUAGUUUGUUUAUUGUAUUGCUCAUGGUAUUGAAAAAUUUAAACACCAAUAGCAUUCUUUUAAUGCUUAAAAAGCAUAAAUGGCCCAAAAGUGCCAACCUCAGAUGCUGAAUAAAGGUUUUACAGAUCACUUUUGAAAAUGGGGACCUAGUAAUUGUUUUAACAAAUCUGCUACUGCUUAAGAUUUGUCAGUAUUUUUGUAAUUAUUUCUACCUCCAAAUAUAUAUAUAUAUAAACUGUCUGUUUCACUGGAUUCCGCGUGUAGAUUUUUUUAUAUGUGCCUUAUUUGACAAUGCUCGAGUCUGUUUCUGCUUGUUUUGGUUCAUUUGAUGUACCGUACUGAUUUUGUAUCAACUUGUUCCAAUAAAAUUCCAUAGACUGACAAAA